GCAACUGCAAGACUCCUCCGCAGAACUUCACGGUGUACCGCGCUCGCUCUCUUCGCACGUACCCGCUCGCUCGCCAUGGGCCUUUCCGUCCGCAUCCCCACCCGCACCCGCAGCAGUAGUCUCGUCAAAGUGGAACAGGUCGGUGAUAACUCGCAGGAGGAUGCGCUCGACUCCGCAGUGUACGAAAAUGUCAACGUGGAAUGGGUCAAUCGCAAAGGUGCAUGGCUGAUCCACCCCGCCCUCAUUUUUGCGGGCAAAAUGGUCAUCGACACUUUCCCGGGCAUGAGACAGGAUAUUAGCUGGUUCCUGGUCAACCUCUCGUAUCUGAGCUUGACAUACCUGAUGUUCCACUGGGUCACAGGGAUACCCUUCCAGUCCGAUCUGCAUGGUGGCGUGUAUGACGAGCUGACUCUGUGGGAGCAAAUUGACCAGGGUGCCCAGUACACCCCAGCGAAGAAGUGGCUCAUGGUGGUGCCCAUCCUCCUGUGCGUUAUCACCUUCGUAGUGCUCCUUACCAAAAAAAAUGCCACUGCUGACAUCCUGACUAGCUUCCUCGCCUCCACGCAUUACUCCGAGUACAACCCAUGGAUGUUCGCUAUUAACCUCACCGCCCUCAUCUUUGUGCUCAUUCCGAAGUUGCCACAGCUGCACCGCCGUCGCGUGCGCUUCAUGGUCGAGGAUGAAGAUCCGUCGCAUGCAGGCACGCCCUCUGCUCCCAACACGCCGCGCUCUGGUUCGUGCACGCCGACGAGUGAGACACAGUUCAACAUUCCGCAGAUCAGGACUCCCGAUGCGAAUCAGUUCAGGACGGAGAAGUAACAGUGUUUCUGCAUUCCUGCUGCUUUCUCUGGUUUCCUUUCGCACUUGGUCGUACAUACAUGCUAAUUAUCUAUCGAUCAUCGCAAUGCCCCUGGCGGUUUAACCUAAACUGUCGUCUCUAUAAUGCGCAACUCUUCCCGUCGUCUACUUACUUGGUGUAAUACAAGGCCUCGCAUAACGUGUGAGCGGCCGCAUAGGUACUUCCUAGAUCUAGGAUCUUUGACCGCGUUUGCUCGCACCACUCGUGCACGUUAUGCCUUUGUCAACUCGCCGUAUUGCUGGAGACGCAACCUGCAAAUGUGUAGCAUCAAUUUCUCAUCUCAACAUGUACGACAGUGAGCACAC